GCUCACAUCAUCUCAAACAUGACAAUGAGUUCACUGUACUCCAAUGGCCUCCACAGUCACCAGAUCUCAGUUCAAUAGAGCACCUUUGGGAUGUGCUGGAACGGGAGAUUCUCAUCAUGGAUCAACUGUGUGAUGUCAUCACGUCAAUAUGGACCAACAUCUCUGAGCAAUGUUUCCAGCACCUUGUUGACUGUAUGUUCAGUGUGUAGCUGCUUCAAGCUGCUACGUCACCUGAGACAAACACAGUUUAUAAUCUAACAGCUCUGCAGUGAUGUAUUUGGCCGGCAUGUCUGAAGCCUUCUCCUGCAUGUUGCUACCUGAUGUUACUGUAUUUGGAGAUGAAUUUAACUUUGUAUCACCUUAUUGCCCCUCUACAGGAAACAUGCCUGGAUGUAAAUACAUCAAAUAAAGAAUUAAAAAAAAAUAGAAGCCAUUAAAAUAAAACGAAAGUCUAGAGCCUUGAAGUAAAAGACAAGAUUACUAAUUUGCAAAAAUAUGUGUUGCCAUUUAUUUUAGACAUUUAUUCCUUUUAUAAUGUUUAAUUUAUUUAUUUAGUUAUACAUUAUAGAUAUAAAAAAUAAAUGUAUGUAUUUUCAUAAUUAUAUUUAUUUUUUAUUUAUAUUUCGUAGUUUUGGUUUUUUUAAAUUUAAGUAACCCAGUGCUGCAUAAUAAGGAUCUAGAUCCAGAAAUAUAAGUGAAAGUCUUUAGCCAAGAAGUAAGAGACAGAAUUAACUUUGCAAAAUAUAUGUGUUGCCAUUUAUUUUAGACCUUUUAUUUUUUAAUAUUUUAUGUAUUUAUUCAGUUAUAUUAUAAAAACAUAUAUAUAUAUAUAUAAUAAGUGUGCACAUUUUAAUAAUUAUUUUAUUCAUAUUUUUUAUUUGUAUUUUGUAGUUUUUUUUUAUUUUUAUUUUUAUUUUAGACCUUUAUUUUAUUUAUUCAGUAGUAUUAUAACAAGCAUGCAUGUAUGUAUAAUAAGUGUACAUAUUUUAAUAGUUAUAUUUAUAUUUUGUAGUUGUUUUCUUUUUUCUUAAUUUUCCCAGUAACGCAGUGCUGCAUAAUGAGGAUUAAAUCUAUAAAUAUUACCGCUGCACAUUGACACCUGUCGCCCCCUGGCGGCUCAUCGUGUCCACACAGUCUGCAGCUGUUCACCAAAGUUGAGUUAAAUCACAUUAAACUUGUUCUUCAGUGUCUUCAGUAAAUUAAAUUAAUGGAGACAUGAUGUGACAGUUUGUGGGAGAUAAAGCAGAGUGAACACAAACAGGAAACGUGUCUGACGCGUUGGUGAGUUCAGGUUACACACAUGUCAUCAGUGUGUUUCCCCCUCGGCCUCAACCAAGUUGUUGGUCGCCGGCUGCCAUGUGAUCCGUCACCCGUCAUCUGGAGCCUGCUGCCCGGUCACAGACACCCCCUCCCUCGGUGUCGUCCAGCUGAACCACAACACGUCGACAUUGUUCCUCCGCCGGGUCUUCGCUCCUCCGGUCAGACUGAACACACGGACCGUCAACAGGCAGCAACAUGCGCUCCUUGGCCGGACUGGCUGCCAUCAUGGGGGCCGCCACCGUCUACCUCUACCUGCUGUCCUCACACCUUCCCCGGGUACCGACACACGUCCAGCCGGGCUCCGAGGGGGAGGACGAGGCGGUCGGCGACUACAGGCUGAAGUUCCCGUCGGACCUGGACGAGCUGCGGGACCUCGCAGACACGCUCAGGUUUUAUAAAAGAGAACAUUACAGCUUCGUCCUGCUGCUGUACUGCAGCGCCUACCUCUACAAACAGUCCUUCGCCAUACCUGGCUCCUCCUUCCUGAACAUGUUAGCUGGUGCGAUCUUCGGGCCCUGGGAGGGUCUGCUGUUGGCCUGCAUGCUCUCUGCGUUUGGCUCCAUGUUCUGCUUCCUGCUCUCCUCGACGUUUGGAAAGCAGCACGUGGUUCAGCUCUUCCCGGAGAAGGUGGCGCUGCUGCAGAGCAAGGCUGAAGAAAAUCGCAGCAGUUUGUUCUUCUUCCUCCUUUUCCUUCGCUUCUUCCCUAUGACUCCAAACUGGUUCCUUAACAUCACCUGUCCCCUCCUCAACAUCCCUUUGCCCAUUUUCUUCUUCUCUGUGUUCAUAGGUUUGAUCCCCUACAACUUCAUCUGCGUCCGUACGGGCUCCAUGCUCUCAGAGAUCUCCUCCAUGGAUGAUAUCUUCUCCUGGGGGACGCUGGCUCAGCUCCUGGCCAUCGCUCUCGUGGCUCUGCUCCCCGGAGCGCUGAUCAAACACUACAGCAAAACCCACCUCAAGAUGAACGGCAUGGAAAGUAACGGACCCAGCCAGGCUGACGUCAAGCAGGAACGGAAGAGACGAUGAUUCUGGGGUAAAAGAGGAAUCAACAGGUUUGGGAUUCCCAAACACAAACUGAAGAGACCUCUCUGCACGGGGAGGCAUGUGACCUUUUGUGCACUUUAGCCUUGUGAUUUCUGGAAGGUCACAGCAAAGGCUCGUCAUACUUAAAGUAUGAUCUGCUGUGAAAGUUUGGAAACGUCUUCGGGUCGUGUUACGCCAGGUUUCAGUUUCCCAGAGAUCUCUCAGUGCCAACACACACAGAGCCAACGCUUAGGAGAUGAUUGGACAUAAUUGACUGAAUACAAUUCUGCAUUUCUUUCUCAGUCCACUGUGACUGCAGUUGUAAAUUCGGACCUUCUGUCCAGUGUGUUUCCAUUGUGCCACAAUAUUACUAGAGCCUUAAAAGUAAUUUGCUCUGUGCACUAAACACAGUGUAGAGCUGCACAGGAAGCUCCACUGACCCUGCUGUGGACAAAUGUGUUCUUAAACCCACUGGAUAUACUUAGAGCACGGAGAUCAGACAACCAGCUACACAAUAAUGUCUCUUCUCCUCACGUAUGUUUACUCACUUUGCUGCUGUUACAGUUCCAGGAAUUGCAUGGACAAGAAAUGUUUUAGCACAUUUGGACUUCUAAAUGUCUCAAGAUUGUCUCCAUGUGGUUCAACAUGUCUUAAUGUAGCUGUCGCUGUAUUCACAGAUGGUUUUAGAGCUCUGUGCACGCCAGCUGUGAUCCUCUCAUCAUGGCCUCAACACAGUCUCUGAACUCAUUCACUUGGAUUUUACUGUCGGCCUCUGCAGGUCUGCAAACAGACGAGUCAGUUUAUGACCUCACCUCAUCACUGAACUCAGUGCAGGUUUUACAGUGUAGAUGCUGUUGGAUGUUCACAUGCAUGGUGGUGUGUCAUGAUACUGGACUGUGAUACACAGUAAUAUCAGCACGUCGUUGGUAUCAGCUUUAAAGUGAACUGUCAGAAUCAGCCAAUGUGCUUUUUCUUAUUUUGCACAAUGAAUGAAUAUUACAUACGUGAAGAGUAUUUCAUGUGUCCAUCUGCUGGUGAUGAUGAGAGCAUGCAUGAUAUGAUGUUUUCAAAUCAAAUCAAACUUUAUUUAUAGCACCUGUCAUACAAUCAUGAAAAAAAAAAUCCCCAACAGAAGAGACUUGAUCAUCACCAAAAAAGCCAAUAUAUUGAUAUUGGUUAUCGGCCAUAUACGUUGUUAUAUGUUGGCAUAUUGGAUAUCAGCAAAAACUUUUAUCAAAAGACAAAUAUGACGAGGCUCAGGGUGUCGUGAUGAAUCAAUAUGGAUGAUAGCUGGUUCUUAAAAAUGACAACGAGACAAAACUCAAAAUAAACAAAGUUCUGUUACUGAUAGCAUUAAUGUGAUUAUUGUUAUUCAUUCAUUCAUUUUCUGUUGCCUCUUAUCCUGUUGGGGGUCACGGGGAGGUGGAGCCUAUCCCAGCUGACACUGGGUGAGAGGCAGGGUUCACCCUGGACAGGUGAUCUGAGCUUUGCUUUUAAAGGCCUGAUUAUUUCUGAUUUCAUUUAAACGUGACAGUCAAAUCAGUCCGUUCAUAGCGUCAUCCUGCAAAUCAAUCAGCUGUUAAACCAACCGAAGCAACUGGAUCAAAAAGUGAGUAUUAAACCAAAGACAGGGAGCUGAUCACAUCUCCUGCUAUGGCGUCUGUGGGCGGCUCAUUCUGAACUAAUAUAAAAGCCAUCACAGUAUGUAAUAUUCAUCCAUUGUGCAAAACAAGAAUUGAUUUCAAAGCCAAUAUCAGCUGAUACUGAUGACGUGCCGAUAUUAUCGUGCCUCCCUAACUGAGGCUGAUCCUUUCACCUCCCAAAGGAAAAAUGAAGUUACUCUGUAUGAGUGUUACAUUUGGAGACUGAUGAGACGAUCGCUGCUCGUGCUGCUGUGAAUUUUGUGGCCUUUAACUGAGCGUGCAGAUGCACUUUAUAUCUGUUUCUGUCAGUGUAACUGAUUCACUGUUUCAGUUUGAAAUCGUAUUAUUUAUUUUUUUGAAUCAGUAUUUUGCAGAGACUCUGUAGAGGAUAGUCUUAAACUGUAGCUUCUCAUCAAAAACAUAACAACUUAGUGGUUUGCUCUAAAUUCAGGUUCCACUGAUGGUCUGAGUCAUUCACUGUUUCAUUCAGAGGUGUUUCUGAUGAACCUGAUAUGUAGUAUUAUGGAUAUCACAUCACAUAUUGUAGCCUGACAGUGGAGUGAAGUCCUGGACUUUUACAGUGGUGUCACAUUUUGUUUUUUAAUUUUUAGAAACUGUGGCUCUGAGUUUGGUGGUUCCACUGUUGACUUUCAUGAACAUCACAAACACGCAAAGUGCCAAAAAAUAAAUAAGUGCAAGAGUUUUUUUGAUCAUCACAGUCCAGAGGCAGUCUUACCAGAGCAAGUAAAAAAAAAAGAUUUUUUUUUUUGUGAAAACGUUGCUUUAAGUUUUAAAGGCCUUGUGUUGAUGUCAGGAUUUUUGUUCUCCUCUUUGACCAAAAAAGUUUAAGAAAAAAAAAUGACUCUGAUCUGCUCAGGCGAGACGAGAUCUUUAAAAAUCUUUUCUUUUCUUUUUUUGUUUAAUUUUACCAAACAUGUGCACAAAGCGGUUUUUGUUUUUUUUGGGGAGUGUAAUUAAAUAAAAUGUGUAAUUUCUGCUGAAUGUUGCAUCUUUUUAAUUUCAGUCGGAAACAAAUGCUUGUUUGCGAUCAUGUGACUAUUAUGACGUGCAAAAUUCAGACAGAGUGCAGGAAGUGAUGAAUCUGUACACUGCGUGAAAUAGACAUACAGGAAAGCAGCAACACAACAGAGCUGGAUGAAGCUGCAGGCAGCAGGUAACCCAUGUUGAAUGUGAUCCAUACGAAUUGAACGAAAGUGAGUUUCCCCACAACUUGACUGAUUUGCCAGGUGUGGACGCCAUCAUCAUCAUGAUCAUGUGCUGCACCCAUCCUACAGUGACUCCUUCCUGGCCACAGGUGAAUCAGAGGGCAGUCUUCAGGACACUGUAGAGGAAGAGUUCAGCUUCAGCGUGUCAACACCUUGAGAUCUGGAUCUUCCACUGCCUCACCUCUGCCCCCUCUGCAGCCACGCCUUACACCCUGAGGGACGGGCCCCAGAGGACCAGGGCCGCCCUUUGCCAAAGGGACGCAGUGAAACUUUCACCCUUCAAACCACGACAAGACACCAGAGUAGCCAGAGCUGCUGUGGUGACCCAGUUUAAUUGAACACAGUUUGUACUCUUCACUUCUCAAAGAAAAAAACAAAAACAACAAAAUGUAUUUGCACUGAUUUCUGUAGAUCCAUUUAUCUUCGACUGCGUUUAUAUUAUCCAUAGCAAAGUGUUUAUUUAUUACUCCUGCACUGCUCUGACACUUUAAUUAAUCACCUUACACUGCAACACCUGCACUGACAGCCACCUAAAUCUGCUCUACCAUCAUAUCUACUGUAGUAAAAGCUCUCUGUAGUUGUCCUGGGACGAGGCGAUCAUUUGACUGCAGUGGGUUUUUAUUCUGAUUUUUUUUAUCCUUAAAACUUAAUUAAUAGCCCGAGCUAUUAUUUGCUUAAAUUACUAAACUCAACAGGCCUAUAUUUGGGACAGGCCUUUAAUUCCUUUCACACAAAACUGUUGCUCAGCAAAGAUCAUCGCGCCAGUUAAUCUGAAUGAAUUACAGUCUUCUCUGGUGCUCAUGGUUUUAGUAAAAUGAACUGAGCUGAACAAAAGUUUGAGUACUUAUAUUUAUGUGUGAUCUAAACAGCUAACUAACGUGAACCCAAGCUGGUAGCCAACAAGAUGGUCUGCCUGGCAACCAGACCAGGCCUCUAACUGAGACAGGCCUUUCUUUGUCAAAAUGUGCAGCCACACUGGGCUAGUAAAAGAGACUGGACGUUUUAUUGGGAGUAGGCUUUUAAGUUUUACGGUACAUCCUCUAUCCAUAUGUGGAUAUGUGUUUUUGUAUGUGUUGUGUAAUAAGAUACUGGAUGUCUUAAUUUCCCUCAGGAUUAAUAAGGAUUAAUAAAGUAUCCAUCCACCCAGCCAGCCAGACAGCGUAGCUGAUGGAUGGAUUGAUUGAAUAAUGCUGUAAUUUGGUUGUACCAU